GCGACGUUUUCUCACAUGCGAAUACUGCAGUUUGUUUCAACCUGUCACUUGCUUCUCAACCUGUGCGGACACUGAGUGACACUGAGCACAGACAUGUCACACCCUGUAUUGACAAAUCAUUGACCCACACAUGUUCCUGUUUGGACAACCGUCGCAGGGUCCGCCUACCUUGUCAUCACCUCGGUACCGUCCCGCGGACCUGCUGCCUGGUUGUGAUCGAGCCUGCCGGUAGACUUUGUCCUGUCAUGGUGCUGAGUGGAGUCAAAGCGUUUUCUACCCUCAACUGCCGUGAUGCGUUCGUUUAUCCUCGGUGUAGAUAUUGGCACAACGUCGGUCAAAGUUGUUCUACUAGAAAAAAGUUCCAAAGCUAUUGUUGAAAGUCAGGUUUUACCAACAAAAUCCGACAUUGCCGACGGCACCAGGGAGACAAACGUGAAGGAGCAGGAUCCAGCUCGGAUCAUCGGCGCGCUGAACCAAUGCAUGAGUCAACUUUCAUAUGAUAAACUGCAGCAUGUAUGCGGCAUCGGAGUGUCAGGCCAGAUGCACGGAGUUUUGUUCUGGAAAGGUUGCAACUGGACUUCAGAUGACUAUUUUAAUGCCGAAGACUGCAGUCAACUGAUCACUUGGCAAGACGGCCGCUGCAGCAGCAGUUUCCUGUCUUCUCUUCCCAAACCAAACUCACACCUGAGCGUAGCCUCUGGCUUUGGGUGUGCAACAAUCUUCUGGUAUAUGGAGCACAGAUCAGAGUUCCUGAAGGACUUCACUGUUGCUGGUACCAUCCAGGACUAUGUGGUGUCCAUGUUAUGUGGUCUUGAAGAUUGUCUGAUGACUCCUCAGAAUGCAGCCAGCUGGGGCUUCUUCAACUGCUCCUCUCACCAGUGGAACACAGAUGUUCUGAAAGCAGCGGGGUUCCCUUUGCGCCUGCUCCCUCGGUGUGUGCCGUCUGGUGGUCUUGCGGGACACACCUGCUCUAACUGGCAUGGCAUCCCCACGGGUACGCCAGUAGCGGCGGCAUUGGGAGACCUCCAGUGCGCUGUCUAUUCUUGCCUAAGUGCGCAGACAGAUGCAGUUAUCAAUAUAAGCACAUCCGCUCAGCUCGCCUUCACCAUGCCUGGUGACUUCAAACCUGCAGACUCUCCAGAGCCAGCCUCCACCAUCUCCUAUUUUCCUUACUUCAACUCAUCUUAUCUGGCAGUAGCUGCAUCGCUGAAUGGCGGGAAUGUUCUGGCCGCCUUUGUAAGCAUGCUCUCCUCUUGGAUUCUGGAGCUAGAUGCUGGUGUGGCGCUGGAUGAAUGCUCCGUGUAUGAGAAGCUGAACUGCUCAGCUGAGAGUCAGAAUGACAGUGACCUGACGGUGACCCCCACAAUCCUCGGAGAGAGACACGCCCCUCUUAGCCUGGGUCACGUCACCAACAUCUCAACAUCGAAUCUGUCCCUUGGACAUGUGUUCAGAGCCAUAUGCCGCGGGGUCCUGGACAAUCUCAGUUCCAUGAUGCCUGCAAUGCAACUGAGGCAGGGAGGAGUCAGAAGAAUUGUGGGCAGUGGGAGUGCACUCCUUCGCAAUGCAGUGCUGAGGCAGGAGGUGGAGAAGGUGUAUUCACUACCUGUAGUGUAUGGACAAGAUGCAGAUGCUGCUGUGGGUGUCGCCAUGGUCCUCUGUGACCGACUUUAA